UAUUUGGGUCAUAGGAACUUAUACUGAUUGCUUAAAGUGAAUAUGUUUGUACUGGUUUCAGAAGCUACAAUGUGUACAAGAAUGGAUAAGGCAGCGUCAUUUCCACUGCCUUUAAAGUACAUCCAAGAAGAGUACAGCAAUUAUGCUUCUAGGAUGGCAUGGAUUUCUCAGGAGCAAGUGCUGGAACUUGGUUGUGGUCCUGGCCUGACAAGCCGGCAAGUGUUACAGCCCUUGUGCGAGGCCCAUUUUGCCCGCCUUCUCGCAGUUGACAGAGCUUCAGAGGCCAUUCUGUAUGCUCAGCAGCAUUCUCACCACAGGGACAUCAUAUACCGCCAUGUUCCUGAUCUACACAUCAGUGUGCCAGUAGAGCUGCGAGGGGCGUUCAGCAAGCUCUUCCACUAUGGUGGUGCUUUGCCGUGCAGCGAAGGCAAUGGACUACGCCAAGCAUCAUUACUACUAGAUAUUCAAGGAUGCUGCGUACUGCUCCUGCCCGUGCGCUGUUGUCUCUUUGAUGUGCUCGAGCAGCUCUCAAGCAGUCCCCGCUGGAAGGCCUACAUGCGAGAUGCAAUGCGGCUGGUACCACCUCAGAGCCACUGGCAGGAACCUGUAGAGACCUUUAAAAAAGCAGCAAAGGAAGCUGGCAUGGAAGUGAAUACUGUUAAACUUGACACCACAGAGGCUACUUUUGACAGCAGUAACCAAUUUCAAGAGUUCCUGAGCUGGGCCAUCCCAUUCGUAGCACGCAUCCCAACGGAAAACAGGCAAGCAUUCUUGGAUGAAGCAUUGGCACUGAGUUUUGAACGAGGUGUGCAGAUGACAUCAAGUGGCAAGCUCCAGCUUUCAAUCACACUCCUGAGUGCGCUCUGCACUAAAGUGCGAAACAUUUGACCUCAUUCAACUUGUGCUUGUCUACAAGGAGUGUUGGCUCUUUAAACAAAUGACAUCCAGUUAA